UUUUAAGCUGAUGUGCUAAGCCACGUGUAAUUCGACUAAUAUAUGUGUCUUUCUUUCACCUCACCAGUCAUCGGAAAAUUGAUCAAAAUUCAAUCGGAGGAGCUCCAUUAAAAAAGUUAAAAAGAAGAAGAAGAAGAAGAAGAAGAAGAAAGGUUACAUUAAACCAAAAUCCAUUGGAUGAAACACAGGGAGACGACGGCAGAGAUACGGCAGCAUAAUAUUUUUUUCUUACAAUUUACAGCUACGGCAAGCCUGAGUGAUAAAUAAGGGUAGAAAUAAUACUUUUUUUUUAAAAAAAAAACCUUUUUUUGAUCCAUCGGUCGACGAGAUGUCGUUUUCAUUCUUCAAGGCGUCACGCCCGAAGACACCACAAGAAGUGGUGAAAACAAUCAAAGAUAGCCUCAUGGCUCUUGAUACCAAAACCGUUGUUGAAGUUAAAGCCCUCGAAAAGGCUUUGGAAGAAGUGGAGAAGAAUUUUGUGACAUUGAGAUGUAUGCUGUGUGGAGAUGGGGAGGUAGAACCGAAUAUGGAUCAAGUUUCGCAAUUAGCACUUGAAGUUUGCAAGGAGGAUGUUCCUGCUCUUUUGAUUCAAAAGUUACCAAAUUUGGGAUGGGAAGCGAGAAAGGAUUUAGUCCAUUGCUGGUCCAUAUUGUUGAAGCAGAAGGUUGACUCCAGAUAUUGCUCUGUAGAAUACAUAGAGAACCAUUUUGAAUUUCUUGACUUUCUUGUUGUGUGCUAUGAUAACAAGGAAAUUGCCUUGAACUGUGGACUUAUGCUAAGGGAAUGCAUAAAAUUUCCGACACUUGCAAAAUACAUAUUAGAGUCUGCAAGCUUUGAGUUAUUCUUCAAAUUUGUGGAAUUGCCUAACUUUGAUGUUGCUUCCGAUGCUUUCUCUACUUUCAAGGUCAGAGUUAUGAGUUUACAUGGUUUCCACAACUUGCACAUUGUCGUAUAAUUCAUUAAUCAUCACAAAAAAGGUUCUUGUUCAAAGCACAUUCUGGGUAUUCUUUAACUAACAUAUGUAGAUCAACAAAUUUUAAGUAACAUUUCAAUCAAGAUUGGUCUCCCUAUAUCUAUCUAGAAUCAUAAAAUUGACAAGCAAGUGUACCUCAUCAUAAUGUGCAGUAAGAUACUCAGCAACCACAGUGCAAAGUGUACCUCAUCAUAAUUACUUUACAGGCAAAUCAACUUCGUCUUCAUCUUCAUCUUCAACAUCCCAACUCAAGUCCUCUUCUUCUGCACUUCCAAACCGAUUAUGCAAUUCCCCUCUACUUGUACCAGCACUUGCUGUGUUCUCAGCAGCUUCCACCUUGCUCUCAUCAUUACUCCCAAUAUAUUCAAUCUCAUCCCAGCCAAGAUCUUCCUCCUGCAACGACUGGCUUGAAACGAUGGACACAUCACUGUCUUUACACGAUCCACCAUUACCCCCCUUCUCCUCCAACGUAUCCAUGCUUUUGUUAGGCGAUCGGAGUGAGGGCAAACCACCAUCUUCCCUCUCCUCAAUUUCCUUCUCAAUUACACUCUUCUUAUUUGAUUCACCUUUCGACAAAAACCCAUUACCCUCCUCCUCCUCCUCAUUAUCAUCAUCAUCAUCAUCAAAAUCCCAGCUUAAAUCCUCCUCUUCAUCACCGGAGAUCGCUCUUUUAACAAGCAAUGCCCUUGCUUCCUCUGCUUGUUUUAGCAUAAACAGUCUAUAAAAAUACCGGCUCCAAAAACUUUGAUCAUCAACCUUACUAGGCACAACCUUGCAAUAAAUUUGAUUAACAACCUCAUUUUCGCUGAUUAAUCUCUUAAUCUCUUCAUUUUUCUCUUCAAACACAAAACCCUCCGACUCCCAUUUCUCAUAAUCUUCCUUGUCCCCCGGUUCAGAACAAUAAGUAUCCAAAUCACAUUGCAACGCACGCACUUGAGCAUCGAAACGACUGUACUUCAAGCCCAAAUGGUGUCGUUUAGUCGAACUACUUGCAUCACUAUCAUCAUUCAAAUCACGAUGAUGAUCAACGGCUGAGAAAACGGAGUCCUUACCGUGAGAGAUGAUCUGGGCCGUUGAAUUCCAAACGGUGGAUCCGAUAUCAUCAAUGACUUGGCCGACGGACUCGAGGGAGUGUUGAGCGACGGCGGCGCCGGAUUCAAAAGAAGCUGGGAGGUCGUGGACAGCGCGUGAAGCGACGUGGCGUAUGACGGCGGUUUCUUUGUUAAAACCGGAUCGUAAUUCUUGGAGGUCUUUUUUAUAUGUUUGGAUGAUGGAUUCUGAUUUAGUUGAUAUGGUUUUGAUUAACGAGUCAAAGGACCACGCGAGGUUUAAGGUUGAAGGUUCCGGUUCCGGUUCCGGUUCCUGUUCCGGUUCCGGGUCAGGGUUGUCGGAGCUUGGGUUGUUGGGUGGUGCUGUAUCUUCAUCGAUGACGGAUUUGAAGAAAUUCAUGGGAAUAAUUUAGGGUUUUCUGUCAGAGCGUGAAGGGAAUCGAAGAGCGUGAUCUUCUUGCUCUCCUCUGCGCUGUUAUUUAUUUAUUUAUUAUGUAUAUUUUUUUUGGAUAAAUAAGAAGAAGGAUUUAUUUAUUUAUUUAUUGAGAUUGAGAUGGAAGUUUCAAGUUUAA